AGAUCUUCCAUGUCUCUCAGUACAAGCAAUGUCCCACAAUUACGUUGUUACGUGUCAGAAGCCCACAGCAGUGAAUGCUUGUGCUACAGGCAACUUUGUUUCCCAAGAGGAGUUGAAUCUAGUUCUAGCCAAGAACAAUUACUUGGAAAUCUAUGUUGUCCGCCCAGAGGGUCUACAGCUUCUCAAGGAAAUCAACCUAUAUGGACGAGUUUCUGUAAUGAAAUUCUUCCGUCCAGAACAUGAAAAUAAGGACCUCCUCUUCAUAAUAACCCAACGUUACAAUGUGAUGAUACUGGAAUGUGUUCGGGAAGAGGAUGACUUUGAGAUAAAAACAAAGGCCCAUGGCAAUGUGAAGGACUCCAUUGGGAACCAAUCAGAAACGGGGAUAAUUGCAAUCAUUGACCCCACAGGACAUGUGAUUGGUCUCAGACUCUGUGAUGGCAUUUUCAAAGUGAUCCCCUUGGAGAAGGAUAACACAGAACUCAAAGCAUUCAAUCUCAGUUUGGAAGAGCUCGUGAUUCAGGAUAUGGCCUUCCUCUCUGACUGUUCUGUGCCAACAAUUAUCUUCAUUCAUCAAGAUCAGAAUGGUCGUCAUGUCAAGACUUAUGAGAUAUGCCUCAAGUCAAAGGAAUUCAAAAAGGGUCCCUGGAAGCAAGAUAAUGUGGAGACAGAGGCAUCAUUAGUCAUUCCUGUCCCGUUGCCCUUUGGAGGUGCUCUAAUUGUUGGAGAAGAAACUAUAACAUACCACAAUGGCUCUUCUUACAUCCCAGUUGCUCCUCCUGUCAUCAAACAUAGCACCAUUUCGUGCUAUUGUCAAGUGGAUCCAGUGAGAUAUCUCCUUGGAGGCUUCCUUGGAAAACUUUACAUGCUCAUUCUUGAGAAGGAAGAAAAAAUGGAUGGUUCCCAUGUCAUCAAGGAUCUGAAAGUUGAAUACCUUGGGGAAAUCAGCAUUCCUGAAUGUUUGACAUACCUUGACAAUGGGGUGGUCUAUGUUGGAUCACGUCUGGGAGAUUCUCAGCUGGUGAAGUUGAAUGAGGAGCCUGAUGAAAAUGGAUCCCAUGUUACCAUGUUGGAAUCUUUUUUGAAUUUGGGUCCAAUAGUCGACAUGGUUGUUGUCGAUUUGGAACGCCAGGGACAAGGUCAACUUGUCACUUGUUCAGGAGCCUAUCAAGAAGGUUCUCUGAAGAUAAUCCGGAAUGGGAUUGGGAUACAGGAGCAUGCCAAUGUUGAUGAUCUGCCUGGUAUCAAGGGGAUGUGGCCAUUGCGUGUUGCCACACAAGAAACCUUUGACAACAUGCUUGUCCUUUCCUUUGUUGGGCAGACUCGUGUACUUGAGAUUUGUGGUGAAGAACUUGAAGAGACAGACUUGCCAGGCUUUGUUGCAGAACAUCAAACGAUCUGGAGUGCCAAUGUCCACCACCAGCAGAUUAUGCAGGUGACUUCUCAGUCAGCAAGGUUGGUGGAUGCACAAACAAAGCAGCUCACUGAUGAAUGGAUACCUCCAGGGGGGAAAACCAUCACAGUCGUGUCUGGGAACACCAAACAAGUCCUUUGUGCAUGUGGGACAGACCUCUUCUACUUGGAAAUUACAAAAGGCAAAUUGAUUCAGAAAGGGUCCAUGUUAGGGGAAACAGAGAUAGCUUGUGCUGACAUCUCUCCUGUCAUCCCAGAAACAACAGUGGCACAGGUAGCAGCAAUUGGACUCUGGGAUCUCAGUCUCAAGAUACUUCAGAUACCUGAGUUGUCAGAGAAGCACCGAGAGGAGUUAGGUGGAGAAACUAUCCCUAGGUCUAUCCUCAUGAUUUCCUUUGAGGGAAGCUUCUACCUGCUUUGUACUCUUGGAGAUGGAGUUCUCUGCUACUAUGUCUUCAACCCGCAACUUGGCCUCCUCGGAGACAAGAAGAAGGUAGGAUCCACUAUAAAUGCUUCCAGCUUUCAUGACUACUGUGUGAUAGAUGGUUAUUGA